CUUAAGCAACAUGGAAAGGGAAGACUGAAGUUCCAUCAUGAUCGGAGGCUUAUUCAUCUAUAAUCACAAAGGAGAGGUUUUAAUCUCUCGAGUCUACCGGGAUGACAUUGGGCGGAAUGCCGUGGACGCCUUCCGCGUCAAUGUCAUCCACGCACGGCAGCAGGUACGCUCACCUGUCACCAACAUCGCCCGCACCAGUUUCUUCCAUGUCAAGCGCUCCAACAUCUGGCUGGCUGCCGUCACCAAGCAAAAUGUCAAUGCUGCCAUGGUGUUUGAGUUUCUCUACAAGAUGUGUGACGUGAUGACUGCCUACUUUGGGAAGAUCAGUGAGGAAAACAUCAAGAACAACUUUGUGCUGAUCUAUGAGCUGUUGGAUGAAAUCCUGGACUUUGGCUAUCCUCAAAACUCGGAAACAGGGGCACUGAAAACCUUUAUCACUCAGCAAGGCAUCAAGAGUCAGACCAAGGAGGAGCAGUCCCAAAUCACCAGCCAGGUGACUGGGCAGAUUGGAUGGAGACGUGAAGGGAUCAAAUAUCGUCGCAACGAGCUGUUUCUUGAUGUGCUAGAGAGUGUGAAUCUCCUGAUGUCCCCCCAGGGUCAAGUUUUGAGUGCCCAUGUCUCUGGCAGAGUGGUGAUGAAGAGCUAUCUGAGUGGAAUGCCAGAGUGCAAGUUUGGCAUGAAUGACAAGAUUGUCAUCGAAAAACAGGGCAAAGGGACUGCGGAUGAAACGGGGAAAAGUGGCAAACAGUCAAUUGCCAUCGACGACUGCACUUUCCACCAGUGUGUGAGACUCAGCAAGUUUGACUCUGAGAGGAGCAUCAGCUUCAUUCCACCAGAUGGAGAGUUUGAACUCAUGAGAUACCGAACCACUAAGGACAUCAUCCUUCCCUUCCGUGUGAUUCCUCUGGUGCGGGAGGUGGGUCGGACCAAACUGGAAGUGAAGGUGGUGAUUAAAUCAAACUUCAAACCUUCCUUGCUUGCCCAGAAGAUAGAGGUGCGGAUCCCAACCCCCCUCAAUACCAGUGGAGUGCAAGUCAUCUGUAUGAAAGGGAAGGCAAAGUACAAGGCCAGUGAGAAUGCCAUAGUCUGGAAGAUUAAACGUAUGGCUGGAAUGAAGGAAUCCCAGAUCAGUGCAGAGAUCGAGCUGCUGCCCACCAAUGACAAGAAGAAGUGGGCUCGGCCCCCGAUCUCCAUGAACUUUGAGGUCCCAUUUGCACCCUCCGGGCUGAAGGUGCGUUACCUGAAAGUCUUUGAGCCAAAGCUGAACUACAGUGACCAUGAUGUGAUAAAAUGGGUGAGGUACAUUGGCAGGAGUGGGAUCUACGAGACCAGAUGCUAGCCCCAGCAAGCUGGCGGGCUCCCUCUUCAAGCCAUCCGACGUGUCUCUUCAGUCUUCAAGUACAUUCAGAGAAAAAUCUGCCUGGCCCCUCUACAGAUUGAAAGACCUUGUGGCCCACCUUGGGAAUGGACUCGCCUGCCUGUCUCAGUUACCACCCGUGCUGCAGCUGAAGUUCAGAACCGAGUCAGAAAGCAGGAUGCUGGCAGCAUCCCUGCACAUGUCCCAGGGUCGGGAAGGGCUAGUCUAACUCCCAUCCUCUCAUGAUCUUUCUAGGGAACGUCCACCAUUAAACUCCUCUUCUGUUGGUGUCUCACUACUUGCAUCAAAUCCUAGUAUUUUUGAAGUUCUUGUGCAUAUGUACCCGUAGAGUAGACCUAAACAUAGACUGGACAAAUCCGAAUUGAAGUUACCCUGGCUUCUGUACUAGCUAUUGCUGUUGUGGUAGAUGUUGCUGGCCAGUCUGAGAUGCCUGAGGUGGUGAGUUUGUCAGGCCUCCACCAGAGGAGACCUCGCCACCUUCCUAUAUUUCUUGCAAAGUCUUCAGUAUAGAGUCCUGCCAUGAGAAGGUUUGUGAACAGAAAGGAUGAGGGUUUAGACUCUUGCUGGUGUGUGUGUGGGUGGCACAGCAUUUCAGGUCCUUAGAGCACUUACCCCCACUUGCUGCUGGCUUGAGCCAGACUUUCUUCCCUAAACAAAUUGGAAACUUGGCCCCUCUAUCCCAGGGAGUCAGGCUGGUGACCAGGGUCUGUCCUCUAGAAUCUAAAAUGCAGGUGGCAGUGAGAGCCCCUGCCCUCCCCACACUUGCACCAACUGCUCUGGGGCCAUAGGAAUGCUGCUGCUACCCACCAUCCUGCUUCUGGUAGUGUGGUCUCCAUUUUGUACACUCUGUGAUUUGUCCAGCUCUAAUCUAAUAAAAGUAUGUAGAAC